CCGCCGAUGGGCCAUUCACUUACCUGCGUCUACCGCCGCGUAUUACGAUAUAUUAUGCGCGUGUUCGUCUGAUACUACGCGAGCAAGAGCUUUUCCUCUCGCCCCAUUCAGUUGCAAACCGCGCCGGUCCAGUCGAAAUGAUCGCACAGUGUUUCCUAGUGGUCGCUAUCGCAGCAGUUGCGAUAUCCGUGCCAGUCACCCAGGAAGAGUACGCCCGGUACAUAGCUCAACAGCAGACCCAGAGGUUGGAAGACAAACAACCAGAAAAAGGUCAAUCCAAUCGCAGACCGGUGCUGUUUCAAGUCAUCCCAUCCGGCAACGGCGCUUACCCACAACCGGCGGCCGCACGGCCCGCUUAUCAACAGCCCGCUGCGUACCAGCCUCAAGCCGCUGCGCCGCAACCGUUAGCCUAUCAGCCGCAGCCCGCCUACCAGCAGUCAUAUCAGUCCCCGCAGUCCUAUCAGCAGCCGGAAGAGUACCAACAACCGGAACAACAGUAUCAGCCGGCCGUCCGGCCGCAAGCACCGCGUCCUAAGGGUGUACCCAGACCUAAGACAUCUAACAGGCCUGAAAAACCGGAGGACGAAGAAAAUGACAACAACCCAAAUGCUCAGUAUCAAUUUUCGUUCGACAUCAGUGAUGACGAGUCAACAAACUACCACAACCGCAAAGAACAAAGAGACGGUGAAAAGAUUUCCGGCAGUUACAGCGUUGUAGAUUCAGAUGGAUUUAUCCGUACAGUUACAUACACUGCUGAUCCCGAAGAGGGUUUCAAAGCUGAAGUUAGCCGAGAACCAACUAAUAUCCAAGUAAAGAUUCCCUCUCCAGCACCACAACAAGCAUCGCCAGCACCGCAAUACAGAUUGCCGGAAAGAAAAGCUCAGCCUCAAUACAUUACAGUUCAAGCCAGUGAACCAGAAGCUGCUGAACAACCAGCUGAUCCGAUUUCCGGUUAUUAUCGCCCUGUGCCACAACAGGUCAAGGCACCAGCUCACCGAUUCGCACCUAGACCUCAACAAGCCGGCAAAGCAAACGCUUUGGGUUAUGCUACCGCACCAACUAAUUCACCCAUCAUCUACCAGGCAUAUCAGUAGUUAAAUAUUCACAAGGGUUUGCCUAUAUUUGGAACACACGAGCCUCAGCAUCCCAUCCGCAAUCAGCCAUCAACCCGUUCUCGCUAGGACUAAUGUCAAGGCCAUAAACGAAGUCGGAAUGGUUUUGGUGACUCUGGCGCGGUUCCGAUGAUGUACUGUAAUCCCAUAUCCUAUAAGAUAAUGUAGCAGUGUUUCAUUUUUUUUUCAUUUUUUAAAUUUAUAGUUAUAUUAUAAUCUUUUAAAAAUAAAA